UUAUCCUUGCGGAUGUAGCCCUCGUGCCCAGACGAGACAGGCAGGUAGUGAUGUGGCUGAGGUCCGCGGCGGAACGAUCUACGCGACGACAAAGAGACGAGAUGUUGUUAGCAGGGAGAUCCCAUUAACUGAGGGCGCAUGUUGUGAUAUGGUCGUAACAAAAGCGCUACUCGCGUGGGAAAUGGAGAAGAAAAGGUGGGAUUGCACUGCUCUCCCCAAGGGCUGGAAAAUGGAAGAAGUGACCAGAAAGUCGGGUUUGUCAGCUGGAAAAAGCGAUGUCUAUUAUUUUAGUCCAUCUGGGAAGAAGUUUCGGAGCAAGCCUCAGCUGGCUCGUUACCUUGGUAACCAGAUGGACCUCAGCUCCUUCGAUUUCCGCACGGGGAAGAUGCUCAUGAGCAAGUUGAAUAAGAACCGCCAGAGACUGCGCUAUGAUAACAAUAACCAGAACAAGGGCAAGCCUGACUUGAACACGUCGCUUCCUGUCAGACAGACAGCCUCCAUCUUUAAGCAGCCUGUUACCAAGGUUACCAACCACCCAAACAACAAAGUGAAGACAGAUCCUCAGAAAGCCGUCGACCAGCCUAGACAGCUGUUUUGGGAGAAGAAACUCAGUGGUCUUAAUGCUUAUGACAUUGCAGAGGAGCUGGUCAAAACAAUGGAGCUUCCAAAAGGCCUGCAAGGUGUUGGUCCAGGCUGCACAGACAAGACUCUCCUGUCUGCUAUUGCCAGCGCUCUGCACACGAGCGCUGCUCCCAUCACCGGCCAGCUGUCUGCGGCUGUGGAGAAGAACCCUGGAGUGUGGCUCAACACGGCUCAGCCGCUGUGCAAGGCAUUCAUAGUCACUGAUGAGGACAUCAGGAAACAGGAGGAGCUGGUGUACAGUGUGAGGAAAAGGCUGGAGGAGGCACUGAUGGCAGAUAUGUUGGCCCACGUUGAGGAGGCUGCCAACGAAGGAGAGGCUCUGAAGGAGGAGGGCAACGGCAGUGAAGAUAUGGAGAGCGUAUAGCACAGAGUUUUGUGAAGUCCGGGUGGGUUUGUUCAAAGCCUGCACACAUACGACCAUGAACAGUAGGAGCCCUGCAGCAUUCCAGCCCUGGUGAACUGUCCCUGAGUAUCUGUGUCCAACUUAAACCUUCACCUGACUUCAGCCAGUCCCAUCCAGCCUGAAGUCCUGUGUACCCCAGAGGGAACACCUGGGAGUCUUGUAUAACUCCACCAGAUAGGACUUUUGACUUCAAGGCCAAUUUAAACACUCUGAGCUCCCCCCCCCUCACUUGGACAUUUUAAAACAUUUUUUAAAAGAAGUUGCAGCAAAUAGACUUGCAAAUAUUAAAAUGAACUUAUCUCCAGUUUGUCAAAUUCAGUGUUUGGUCAUAAGUGUAUUUUCUACUAAAAGGCUUUGAAUGGUUAUGAAUUAUUUGUGACAAUCAUGUCAGAUCCAAACAUUUUAUGUCAGCUUCAGUUCGACCUGGGUGCUUUUGUUUCUGGGCCCAUUAGAGAUGAAUGUUUUGUAUUUUUGACAGGUCGUUUUCUUGUAUUUUAUGAUGCACUACAUGAGUAGUCUGACACAGAAUACAUCAACUGUCUUUUCUAGUGGAACCUGUUCACAUCUAACUAUACUGGCUUGAGCUAAUUUAAAUGAGUGCUGGUGCCAACCUGCAGGUGGCUGAUGUUACUAAUGCACAUGUUCUUGUCGUCCCAUGUCCUUUCAUUAGAGAGUCUGUUUGUCUUGCUAUAAUUUCAAGGAAAAUAUUGUCUGUAUUGUCAGGUGUUUUACUCUGAGUCAUUUUUGACCAAAGAGGAAACGUCAUUUUUAAGAGAAGGGUGUAGGUUUACUUAUGUGUAACUUAGUCUGCUUCAUCUUUUACUGUAAGCGACUGUCCUGGCUCUGCUGUUGUAAACAUGAGGAAGGUAAAAAAAGAAAAGUACACAUGAUGGACCUCAGUGGGAGAAAAAUGACUUGAAACCUCUUUCUAAUGUACAAUUUGUACUGUUUUAAACUGUCAUAAUCAUCAUAGGUGCUUACUGAUGUUGUGAAACAUUGCUGUUUAGUGCCAAGGCUUUGUUUUGGUCAGCUUCAGUCCACUUUCUAUUUUUUUUUUUUCCCAUAUGUGUCAAUGUUACCACACACAUGCUGCCUCCUUGUAGACCCAUGCACAGAAUUGGUGACACAACAAGUUACAGUUAACGUUUAGUUUUAAUGUCUUUUCAUUUGGUAUCUGAGGAAUAAUGACUUUGUAUUUUUUUUUUCUCUAAGUUUGAUGGUGAAUAACACCACCAGCCCAAAUCAUGAAAUUCCCUUCUCAAUAUCAGCAGGCUGAUUGCUGAAAUGAAUUUGAUUGUAUUACUUAUUAAAAUGAGUCUGUAUGUCAUUGA